CCCGGGCCGCGCGUGCGCCGCUGCGUCCCUUCCGGCCCGGUCUCCCGCCCCGGCGCUAUGGCCGUGUUCCACGACGAGGUGGAGAUUGAGGACUUCGAGUACGACGAGGAGACGGAGACCUAUAGCUACCCGUGCCCCUGCGGGGACCGCUUCCUCAUCACGCGGGAGGACCUGGAGAACGGCGAGGAUGUGGCCACCUGCCCCAGCUGCUCCCUCAUCCUGCGUGUCAUUUACGACCAGGAGCAGUUCAUGCGUGAUGAAGUCAUUGCAGAACCUUUGACAAACAAGGAAUUGAUUAAGUGCUGAUACACACAUCAUGAACUGUUGCUGCUUUAGAGUAAGAAAGUAUGGGGAUGGCAACUAUGGAAAGACGUGGUCCUCCUGCUGGAAGUGCUCGCUGCUGUGAGAUACAGAUGCAAUAACUGGCUGCCUUCAUAAUUUGAAAAUUUGCUGCAAUGUCAACAUGUGAAUGGGUUUUGUUCAAAAAUGGUUGUGCAUUUUAGAAAGUAUCUUAAGUUGCCAUGGAUAUUCCAGAGGACCUGAGGAUUAUGGUCCUAAUGGACAGCAAGUCAAUAUGCAAAAGAAGUGUGCAGAGUUGUGAAGUUGUAACAUUUGCCUAAGGGUGGCUUCUCAGCCUGUGAACAAAAGCAGGCUUCAUGUGGGUAUAUGCCAGUGUGAAAUGGCAUAGAGAGCUAAAAUGUUGGGAGCCAAAAUGUAGAAGUCCAUAGGAUGCAAUGGAUACCAAAUUACAGUUUGGACCUGGUACCAGCCAGGAUGUGGGCUCAGGUACUUCCAGCCCUUACUGAAUAUGGGGAAAAAUGAGACCCAGAACCAACACUAUUGCUAAUUUGCUUUUACUAUUGUAAGCACAAAGGAAAUGCAGUUGUAUUUAUAGCCGCAGGAACAACACCUGAGUUGGGGAAAAUUUGUUUCCUAAGUUGCAGUUGUUUUGAAACAGUUUUUGUACCUUUUAAUCCACUGACUCUCUGACAUAAUAGUGGUAUUUUUGUGGGAUUGUGUGAAAUGAAACAAAAGUCAAACUUUUUUUACCCUUGCAAAGCCACUGACAUGCAAACAGACUGAAAUAGAAGUGACUUGUCAUUUACUUGCAUUUUCUCAACAGCUUUGUGAUUUGACUGUUGCAGCAAAUAUAAACUGGGCUCCAGCUCUUUGUGCCAUUCAUAGUACAUUUGCUGAAUUUCUCAGUCUUCCUCCACUAGGUUCUGUUCCUUCCUGGAUAGGAGAUGCACACUGUAAAGUAGAAAAAAGUUGACAGAAUGUACUACAGAGCACGUCCAUUCCAAGACUACUUCUUGAAUUACAAGCCACUGCAUUUGUAUUUCAAAUUACAGUCAGUCAUAUAUUUUAGUAAGAUUUGACAUCUGUGAAGAUAAAUUUGGGGGCAAAAUACUUGUGCAGCAUUUAUAUAGUUAUUUUACUCCAGGCACUAAAGAUGAGCAAGUUUUACUGAAUGCUUGCAUUAAACUAUUUUUCUUCUUACAACGUUCUGUGAAGGUUGAAGAUGAGCGUUCUAAUUAAUAAAAAAAACCCAAACCAAUCCACCCAUCCCCCUUCACUUUGAAGUUUUGAAUGCAAGAUGUACAACCCAAAGUGUUUUCAUGCCUAAACCAGAAGAUGGCACUCAUGUUGUUUCAGUAUCUGCUUCGGAAAAAACCUAGCUGGGGUACUAUUGUUAACUAUGCCAUAUGAAAUAUUUAUUUUGACUAUUUAAAUAAAGAUAUUUAAGACUGCA